AUGGAGGAAUGGGCCGGCGACCCCGCCCACCUGCCGUCUCUGGAGCCCAUCGACGCCAGGGCAGGUAUGGACGCCGAGUUAUUCCGCGUCCUCUCCAAGGCUGUUGAGAAAUUCAACCUCGAGUGGGCUCCCCCUGAAGAGCCAACGCGCAGCAGACUGGACGAAUGGUUCCUGCUGGGACGCCGCCAGGCCCCUCGCCAGCGCUCUGCACCGUUCUUCCCCGAGGUGCACGAUGAGCUGACAAAGUCGUGGCGUGCCCCCUACUCGGCCCGCUUACACACGACCACUUCUGCAGUUCUCACCACCGUGGAUGGCUCUCAUCAGAAGGGAUAUGAGCAGAUGCCACCCCUGGACGAGGACGUGGCUGCUCAUCUCUGCCCUCCCGCGGCUGUGGGAUGGAAGAACAAACGGGCCCUUCCUACCAAGCCCUGCAGGACGACCUCUGCUCUGGCUGGCAGAGCCUACUCGUCCGCAGGCCAAGCUGCCUCUGCACUCCACACCAUGGCCAUUCUCCAGCUAUUAGAUGUGCGCUCAUCCUCUGCUCGUGGAAACAUCGACAAAGCGCUCAAGACGAAGGGCUACCGCUGCCAACUGGAAGAGGAAGAGGAUGAAGAAGAUUGUGAAGACAAACUGGGGACAGACAAAGAUGAUGAAUCAGAAGACAGUCAAGACACUGUGGAACAAAUUCUGAAAUGCAUCAUUGAGAAUGAAGCCAAUAUGGAGGCCUUCAAAGACAUGUUGGUUGGCCAAAAUGUUUGUGAGCAUCACGAUCCACGGUUACAUCACAAAGAUAGUGCAGGUGGUCUUCCCCGUCACCAUCAUACAAUUCAUCUGGGUGGUGAAAUUAGCUCUUGUGUCCACUGUAUGCAAGGACAUAUAUUAAAAACACGACGCAGAAGCCGUGUGGCUAGAAGCAAAGCUCGGCCAGCGGAACAGACUGUGUUUUCUGUGGGAAGAUUUCGUGUCACCCACAUGGAGAAAAGAAACAGCCUUCAAGGUUCACAGAAUCUUCCUACCUCUAAGCCAGGAAACGCAUCAAAUGACACAACGCUCUCUGAUGGCAGGGCGGGAUUUAAAGACACUUCAAAAAAACAUCAGGAGGAAUACAACAUCCGCAACAUGUUCAAAGACACUGGAGCAACCAACGGCAAAGUCCCAAAUGGAGGCAAACGGAAGAAGAGUGUCACAUUGCUCGGCUUCUAUAAGGUUGGUAAUCCUGUGGAGACCAAAGGGGGACAGGAAGUGUUUGAGGAGGACAAAGAGGCAUCAACCACUGCUGAUCAGUUAUCUGUCUCUCUAGAAGAAGGCUUGAGCUCAGUUGUGCUGUCUCCCACUGAUGAAACAGCUUUAGAUGAAAAAUCAAAUAAAGGCUCUGGUAGUAAAUUAGAGGAGACCAGCCUAGAGAACGAAAAGGCUGGUGAAGCGACUUCAUAUGUGAAAUCGCAAGACAAAUUAAGCACAAACACAACCGAGAUUGUUCCUGAUAGUUCUAAUGGCUGCUCUAGAUUUUCGGUUGUACGAACUACGGAAGAGACUGUCAUCCCACCUGCAGCCGCUGCUGACUAUAGAGGAGAUGAUAUGACAAAACACAAGGACAUUAAGACUGGCCAAGUUAGUCAGGAGAGUACAGACAAUCAGCAGAUAUGAUUCAGCCCCACAAGCAUAACAUAAUAAAAUUAUAAGAUGGUCAGACAAUUCUUUAUUGAGAGUGAGACUUCAGAAAACGGAAAACUUGUAAUUUGCCACAACACUGCUUUUACCAAAAAUACACUUUGUUCUCAAUUAAUUGCAUAUUAAAUCUAUAAAUAUGAUGGGCCUAAUCGAAAAGCAACGGCACAAAAAUAUAUUGACAAUUUGGUGUUUUUCUGUUCACAUCUUUAGAAAGCAGCUUAAUUCAGUGGGCAAUCAUAGCUCAUAUUAAAAUAACACUGUACUCAAUUGAGUUAUAGGGGAACUAUUUAAACUUGUGUCAUGUAUAUAAGAAUGCAAAACAAAGAUUGUCAGUUAUGCAGGUCAUCAAUGAAUAGAAAUAUGAACAUUUCUAUUUAUUAAAGACAUUUCAACACUCAUCCAGAUGGCUUCAUCAGUUGUCAGAAUGCCAAAAUACAUUUGAUGUCAUGGGCAAUUGUGUGAUUAUAGCUGAAAUUUCUGGGUUUUAAAAGUUUGAAAAGUCAUCACUGAAAAGAAGAGGGACAAACAUUACUUAUUAACCACUUACCUCUAAAAUUCUUUCUCUGUAAAGCGCAUUUUAAUAUGGAGCAAGAGAUACAGUAUAGAGAAGUAGUCUCAGCCUCAGACGUCGCCGCCACGGUCCGUCUCGCUAUAACAAUCUGAUGCAUAUUGCACAUAAAACUGGAAAACACUUUUUCAGUCUAUCAAUAUCUAGUCUGCACAUAGGUGUUUUUAUCAGUUCACUUUUGAGGAUGAAGUAAUCACUGGAUUUGCCAAAGUUUUGCAAAGAUAGUAACAAAAUCUUUUAGAAAAGUUUUAUUUGUUUGAGAUUGUCGUAUCAUUACACGACUAGUAGCAAGUCCUGAGGUAGUGUUACAACUGAUAGAUGUAACAAAAGUGCUCCUUGUCUUCAAGCAUUAAUAGUGCUAAAUAAGAACUAUAUAUGUAGGUUUUUGACAUAUGUUGGUGAUAGACGGAUAAAUUCAUCUCAUAACAAAAAUCACUUUCAUUCUGAUCAGUCUUUGUGCAGUAAAAAGCAAAAAUUGCUACAACUGUACUCGGUUUACCCCAUGUAUGACAUUUUUCCUUGGUUUCCAUUAAGUCCAUUUUUUCCCAUUUCAGUACAAUUUUUGUAUACCUGUGUAUGUUUUUGAGAAUAGAAAAUAAAAUAUUAAAAUAAAAGUUGAAAAAAGUUUUUACACUA